AGCGUUGUAUUCGUUUUGAAUAGCUUGUAUCCAAUAUUCAAACUAUAGUGGGGGAGGGUGGAAGGUGGAAGCCGAUACGUUUACGAGGCUAGUUUUAAUUUGUAGUUUAUUAUAUUUAACUUUUAUUUGCAUUUAUUUAUUAAUUACAUAGAAUAUACAUUCGAAAUUUAUUAACGUAUCGUUAAAGGAUAUUUAUUUAAAAAGCAAAACAUUAGAAGAUGGAAGAAGAACGAGGAAAUGUAGAAGUUUCAACAAAGGUUACAGAGCCAUUGAUAAAUGUACCAAAUCCAAGAGCCCUCCAACAAACUGUUUCUUCUGUACCUGGACAAUCAAAGUAUAUACAGCUGCUUAAUGUCAUAGAAGAACUUGGUCAUGAGGUUCGUCCUACAUAUGCUGGCAGUCGUACUUCUGCAGAAAAGAUUAAGCGUGGUAUUGUACACGCCCGUAUUCUAGUCAGGGAAUGUUUAGUUGAAACUGAAAAAAGCGCUCGUCAAUGAGAUAAAUGUUUUUGUGAAUUUGAUAAGUACUUAACCAUAAAUAAGAAUCUCAAACGCAUAUAUAUAUAUUUUCUUUCAAUGGACAUGGAUAUUAGAUGAGAAAAUUACAGUGACAACUAAUCUACCUCAAGUUUCUAUCAUAAUACAUUAAAGUUACAUAUAGUAUUUAACAAAAUUAUUUAUGAAAAUUCAUUGAAAGGUAUAUUUAGGAAGAGAUACAUUCAUUUGACAUUUCUUUGUAAAUUCAUCAUCAUAUCACUUGUCAUUGCC